AAGCCAUUUGGCUUUCAACGUGACUCUUAGCCUGCUUUCACAACAACAGGAAUGGUGCUAUGGCCUUGAUAUUGGCCAGCAUUGCUCUUGUUGUUGCCACCAUGAUGGGAAUGGUGGCUGCAGCAGUACUUGCGUAUUGUUGCUGGAAUGGCGCCCUGUGGAUUUUUUCGCCGCACGACGAAGGAUUUACAGUUGGGCAUGUGCAGCGUGCAUCCGACGGCUUCAACGUGCAGGAAGCGAAAACCCCAAGAUUUCCUCAGCAAUAUGCCGCCGGUUCCGAGCGUAUGGCACAAAAUCAGCAGCUGAUGUGGGAUCCCAAUGCAUGCUUCGCCAACUAUGGAGCGUCGAUCCGCCGUGAGCAACGUGGCGCUGGCAUGGGAAUUGAUGCUUUUCGCCAAUCAGUUGACAUGGCACAAACUCUGCCGUCUCCGGCCUUGAGCAUUGCCGAAGCAGCAAGCCCUCAACCAAGGGCUCAAGCAAGGAAGAUGCACCGGACCAGCAACUCUGUGUCGGUUGCUGAACAAGUGCAACGUGGUUACGCAGCGCAGCUCGCUAUCAGGUUCAGUGGCGAUUUGGCCUACCACAUGGGAAAUGUCAGAGCCAUCGCAGAUGCGUAUGGAUUGGACUCAGCGGAUAUGUGUUAUUGCUUUCUGUGCCUGGAUGCUGCCAAAGGCUGUGGCCUAGCUUUAAAGAAGUGGGGCACAGGGACGUAUGCAGCUCGCAUAUGGACAGUUUCCUUGGCUCGAUUUGUCAAGACAGCCCAGCGAGUUCGCAGCGCAAAGGAUGAGUCGAAGUUCGAGCUGCUUUGCGGUGAGUGGCGCUAUAACCAGGAUCACUUCAUUCGCGAAGUGCAAGCUUGUGAGAUUCCUUUCCACCGGGAGAAUGGAAAGGCUCUUCUCAACGCUUUCCAAACAGAAGAGAUCAGGAAAGUCGAAGUAUCCCGUGCUCAGCAGAUCCUCUUGCAACAUGCAGAUGCAGCUCCAAGUCGAGGUCAGCACCAGCUGUCGUUGCCGGAAACAGAUUGGCUGCGAGAGGAGGGGCAAGCUCAUUGCAAGAGGGCUCUGAAAGAUGAGAUGGGCGCAGUGGCUUUGCCAAGAAAGCGGAUGCGGCAGUCUGGUUGAGGUAGCCACCGUCUUUGCAGUCAUGAUGAUGGUCUGAACAUACCAUAUCAUUUUUCAGCAGUUAUUGGAUGGUGAAGCUUUGCAACUUGCUUCCCGUCUUAGUAGAUAGACGUGUGUUGGUUCCAGGAUGCACAAAAGGGCACGACAUGCGACAUUGGCGGCAAAUGACACGGCCACAAGACAAUUAUGUCAGAAUGGGCAGGCAGAGUCUCACUGUGGGUGUGAAACCACAUUAUGCACGGAAUUCGAGUGGCACGAUUGUAUCUUAGCAUAUGCACGCGUGCCUUCUACAUUACAAGGUCAAGUUCUAGGCAUUCCCAUGGCCCAGGCUGUGUCUGGGCUGCAACUUUCAAGUUCAGCUUUCUUGAUAGUUCAGCUCCACAUCCCGCAUUUUCAGGCCCCUGCUUUGGACUUGGCUGAGCUUGCAGCGGGAAUGAGUUGGGAAGACGGCAAGACGC